AUGGCAGACCCAGGCGAUCUCUUCAUCGACUUUGCAGACUUUCAAAAUGCCGCUGAGGCUGAGACUAUCUCCCCUGGUAUUCUGCAGACAUCAACAGCGCCCCCAAAAAUCGGCAAUCGCUUUUCAUCCGAGUCUGUCAAGAUUCUGAGGAAUUGGUUCGCCGCGCAUGAGAGGCAUCCGUAUCCUACCAUCCAAGAUGUCCAGGAUCUUCAAGAGCAGACGAGUCUGAAUAGACAGCAGGUCACGAAUUGGUUUGCGAAUGCGAGGAGGAGAGCAAAGGUCCAUUCGUCUCGGCCGACAUCGCCAAUGUUUCGGAAUGAUGAUUCGGGGAAUUCUUCGGGGCAUCACACGCCGAUCGAUACACCGCGGCGACGGGCGACUCCUGCGCCGUUUGAGCAUAUGAAUCCGCUGCAGCGAUGGGCGAAUUCACCGCCGGAACAUGAGGCUGCGACUGUUGAUGACAUCUCACGAGCUGUAGCUGCUUUCUCAACCCGGCAGGGAAGAUCACGAAGUCAUGGGUCGUCAAUCAGCAGUAGAGGAACGUCAGUGUCAAGUCAUGAUUCUGGGUCGUACAGUUCUGCUCAUUCAAAACAAUCAUCGACGUCCUUUGACAUUUUCAAACGGCACAGUCGAAGGAGGCGUACAAAGAUGAGAAAGGAAGUGAGGACGAAUCUCCUCCAGGCACAGAAUACAUAUCAGUGCACUUUCUGUACAGAAACCUUCAAGACAAAAUACGAUUGGCAGCGUCAUGAAAAGUCUCUUCAUUUAUCGCUUGAGAAUUGGGUCUGUUCGCCAAAUGGACCGACAGCGAUGCAUCCAGAAGAGGGGCUUCUUUGUGUCUUCUGUGGCGUCAAGAACCCCGACAAAACGCAUCUCGAUGGACACAAUCAGAGUGCAUGCAUCGAGCGACCGAUUGAAGAGCGGACAUAUCAUCGGAAGGACCAUCUACAGCAGCAUUUGAGACUAGUUCACAUGUCUAAGUUUCUCAAAUGGCCGAUGGAUGAUUGGAAAGUCAUGACGCAAGAGGUUAAAUCGAGAUGUGGAUUCUGCGGUAUCAAUCUUACGACCUGGGCGAGCAGGGUUGAUCAUUUGGCAGACCAUUUUAAAGCUGGGAGUACCAUGGAGCACUGGAAGGGUGAUUGGGGGUUUGAGGGCAAGGUCAUUGAGAGGAUCGACAAUGCCAUGCCUCCUUACCUCAUUCACUACGAACGAAACUCGCCUCUUCCAUUCGCAGCUACAAGAGGCCCAGCAGAUACACCCACAAGUGCAUACGAACUCAUCAAGCUCGAACUAGAAUACUACAUGCGAAAUCGCCAUCAGUUUAUAAUGCCACCAGAUCCCGAACUUCACUUUGAAGCAUGUUCCGUGAUCCUCGGCGCAGAAAUAUCCUCCCCCAACCAAGCGUCGUUAUCCCCGUCUUGGCUAUGGGACUUGUUCAUGUCAGCUACCGAGAUCGCCAACCAAGCUAAACUCCGACCAACGAAGCAAUUAGCAGAGGGGAGAUUGAGCCAGCUGAAGAUCAAUGGAAAGGGAAAUAUCUUUGAGAAUUGCGAGCUGGAGGCGGCGCUGCAGCAGUACAUGACUGCUCAUACAUCCAUGGGGCAUUUUCCAACAGAUUCUGAACUGCAGCAGGAGGCGUGUAAUGUCUUGAAUCGGACGGAGACAGCAUCUUCGCAUCCGUCGAGGAGGUUUCUGGACUUUUUGAUGAGGCUUGUUUGGAGUUCGACGGUUUGGCUGGAGCCGUUUCGUCAGAGGGCUGAGACUCUUGUGGCGUUGGCGAAUGAGUCUGUGAAUGAUUCUUACUUUCUAUGGGGUCAAACAGAUACAGCUGUACCGUUGGAUGCUUCGAUGGAGCUGGACAUGUUGCAGCCCUGGGUCGAGAAUCGAUCUCUUUCUCCAGAGGGAGUACCGGAAAUACCAGCGAUUUCUAUGCACAGCACGCCAGAGUCGAGGGCACUUAUACGAGAUAAAGUACGAACACAGACGCCAUUCUUUAUCAACGACAACAACAGCUAUCGUCGAUUAAAGCGGGAACUCUCCCGAUUCGUCAUGACGACAAUGUCUCCCAACAACCCCAACCGGCAUAUCCCCAGCGACGACGAAUUAAAGUACCAAGCACGAUGGAUAUUAUACGAUGAGUACGUUUCCCGAUAUGCAAAUUUCAUUGGCUAA